AUGCGGUGGUGGUGCUGGAUGCUAGCAGUGAUGCUGGUGUUGGUGAGCGUGAAAGAGAUGGACUCCGCCAACAUUCUCUUCCUAGCACCUUUUGGCACCAUAAGCCACAAGAACUUCUUCAUGAGCAUCGCCGAGGCCUUGGCGGAAAGGAAUCAUACGGUGACCUUCGUAACUGGCCACAAGACAUCAAAUUCGAGAACAAGAAUCCGGGAAGUAUUUGUGCCGAACACAGACAUUUUUUCAAAAUUUCCCAACAACUUUACAACGAAACAAUUCAGCUCAUUCAUGCAGGUGAUUUUCAUGUCUCCUGAAUAUUGUGGCAAAGCUCUUCGUUCCCAAGAAAUUACAAGAAGUUCAAGAGGAGAAGUUUGACUUAGUGAUGCUGAGCGUUGCCAUGUCUGAAUGUUUUUAUUCCUUAAUCAACAAGUUACAGGUUCCCUAUGUUCACGUGUCUCCAAACAUGCUGCAUGAAUCCAUGAGUGACCUGGCAGGCAACCCAAAGUUCCCUUCCAUAGAGGGCAAUUACUUACUGGACCUAGGCUACCCUCUUACCUUCAUUGGUAGAAUAAUCAGCACACUCAGUCAGUUGAUGUAUAAUGUCAUCAAUAUGCAUUACGUAAUUCCCAAGAUGGCAGUCGAGAGUGAAGUGGACGCCGCCACGCUCAGGGAGGUUCGACUUAACGGCAGUCUCAUUAUUGUCAAUAGGUACAGUGAACUUCUGGUGUUUUAAAGUCUAUGAAACUUAACGUAAUGCCUGUGACAUACAUAUGAUUGGUUUUAAGGUUUUUCUGAGUGACAUUUUGAAAGAUGAUGAGAGUUACAAAAAACGAGAUAUCUUGUAAGCAUAGAGAUCUCCAGUGAAUACUAGAAAGGACUGCCCUUCUAGCAUCCAGCCUGUUACUGGGUU